AUGGCAGGGAAGGGCAUUCGAGGUCUCCAUGAGGCCAUGACGAGGUUGAACCUGUCGGCGGGUGUCACCAAGUCGGCGAGCACGACCUUCACGCGAUCCAUGGCCACCGAGGUGCCUCUGCCGCAGAUUACAACCACCUUCAAGGCCGCCCCCAAGAUCUCCACCGACGCCUGGGCACCACUAUCCACCGUCCCCGUCACGAUCCACGCCUUCCCGACCCUCGCCCCCCGCGCCCUCGAGUCCUACUCUACAAAACACCUCUACCUCCCGCUCCGCCGCGACCUCCUCCACCUCGCCGUCAUCUACGAGGGUGACGCCCACCGCCAGGGCACGGGCUCGACCAAGACGCGCUGGGAGGUCCACGGCUCGCACCGCAAGGUGCACCCGCAAAAGGGCCUCGGCCGCGCCCGCGUCGGCACGAAGCAGUCGCCCAUCCGCCGCGGCGGCGGCGUCUACGACGUCGCCUGGCGCACGGCCCUCAGCUACCGCUACCGCCGCGGCGAGCUCCUCGUCUGCGAGGACGGCAUGGAGCUGCCGCUGCCGCGCGACUUCACCGACCUCCUGCUCGCCGGCUACGUCGACGAGCCCGUCGCCCGCCAGUACCGCCGCAAGUGGACCGAGCAGGUCCUCGCCGCCAACGCCUGGGGCCGCGCCGACGGCCGCACCCUCUUCAUCACGGCCGACAAGAGGCCGCUGCUGUUCGACUCGAUGGUCGACGCCGGCAUGCACGGCCGCUGCCUCGAGGUCGGCGACGUCGACGUCAAGGAUUUGCUCGAGGAGGGCCGCGUCGUCAUUGAGCGCGCCGCGCUGCGCGAGCUGCUCGAGAGCCACCAGAGCGAUCUCGUCAGCAAGAUUCUCAUCCGCGGCCUCGCCCAGUCGGGACCGGCCAUUGGCGAGCCCAUCGUCGCAUAA